UAAUUUCAUUAUACGAGCCGCGCUGUUUGCCUGACUCUCUCUCUCUCACACACCGGCGACAACGGUACAGCCAUAGAUAUGGAUCAUAACUCGCCGAGAUCUCGACGGAGCCGGAAACCGGAGCCUAAACCCGAUAUAUACGCCACUUUCGUAGUCCACUCCGACUCGGAUUCCGAUCAAGGUCGAGAUCGAGACAAACGCAAGGCCAAGCCCGAGGAGGACGAAAAUGUCGAUUUAUACGCUACAAUGGUCUACAAAGGUGACAGUGACGGAGGAGGAGGUGAGGAAGAUGACGAUGACGACGACGACUCUUUGCUUCCUCCUCUGCUCAAGCGUCUUCCCAAGGAUUUUGGGGGCGGCGCGUCGCUCGACUACGACGAGGACGACGGUGAUGGUGAUGGAGAUUUCGGCACGAUGAUUGUGAAGUCAGAUCGGAGCAGUCAUAGCAAGAACAGUCCGUACUCGUCCAACCCGCGAAUGGCUGUCAGUCCUAGGAGGAGAGCCAGGGGCGACGAUGAGGAAUCUUCCGAUGAGGAAGACGAAGAAGAUGAUGACGGAGGAGAGUACGGUACCUUUGUUGUGAAAUCUUCGUCUAAAAAGGGAAAAGAGAAAGAGAAGGAGAUGGAUUUGUCAACUAUGGGAAGGGCUGUGGCGAGUAUGCAGAAAUCAAGUUUUGGUGGUAAGAAUCGGAAAUCUAGGCCUUCCUCUCCUUCUGAAAAUCGGAGAAUGCAGCAGCAGAACAGUAAGAUGUCGACUACGUCCCUUCCAGAGAGCAUUACAAGGGAAGAUCCAACCACCAAAUACGAAUUCCUCAAUGAACUUGGGAAAGGAUCAUAUGGAUCUGUAUACAAGGCAAGAGACUUGAAAACAUCGGAGAUUGUUGCUGUUAAAGUCAUAUCACUAACAGAAGGGGAGGAGGGCUAUGAAGAGAUCCGGGGGGAAAUUGAGAUGCUGCAGCAGUGUAAUCAUCCAAAUGUUGUCCGGUACCUUGGGAGUUACCAAGGAGAAGAUUAUCUUUGGAUAGUGAUGGAGUAUUGUGGAGGUGGAAGCGUUGCUGAUUUGAUGAACGUUACUGAAGAGGCAUUGGAGGAGUAUCAGAUAGCAUACAUUUGUCGAGAGGCGUUGAAGGGCCUUGCAUACUUGCACUCCAUAUUCAAAGUCCAUAGAGAUAUUAAAGGUGGAAAUAUCUUGUUGACCGAACAAGGAGAGGUCAAGUUGGGUGACUUUGGGGUUGCAGCUCAACUUACCCGGACUAUGUCGAAGCGAAACACGUUCAUUGGGACUCCGCAUUGGAUGGCCCCAGAGGUUAUUCAGGAAAAUCGAUAUGAUGGAAAGGUGGAUGUAUGGGCUCUUGGUGUUUCAGCAAUUGAGAUGGCAGAGGGGCUUCCUCCAAGAUCAGCAGUUCAUCCGAUGAGGGUUUUGUUCAUGAUUUCGAUUGAGCCAGCUCCAAUGCUUGAAGAUAAAGAAAAAUGGUCCCUGGUCUUUCAUGAUUUUGUUGCAAAGUGCCUCACAAAGGAACCACGUCUUCGCCCAACUGCAGAUGAGAUGCUUAAGCACAAAUUUGUUCAGAGAUGUAAAACUGGGGCUUCUGCAAUGUCGCCUAAGAUUGAGAAGUCCAGACAAAUCAGAGCUUCAAUGGCUCUGCAAGCGCAAAAUGCACCUUCUUCAGAGGACACUUCAACACUGGGUCCAAAAUCAAGUGACGAGAUUGGAAUUACUGUUCCUUCUAAACCUCCUAAUAAUGGAUAUCAAAAUACCGCCGAAGCACUUUCAGCAAGCACCCUGAAACGGCAGUAUAUACCAGGCAACACUGUGUUGGCUGGAGAAGGUAGUGAUUUUGGAACUGUGAUAUUUCAUGGUGAGGAUGAGACAGACGAGAGUUACUCGGGGUCUCAACUUGCCAAAGAGAAAGAAUCUUCAUCUUCUCAGGUUGAUGGCACUUCUGUCGGAUUCUCAGGAGAAGAAUCAGCUGACCCCUGGAUCCAUGACAAAAAGAAUCCUCCUGCUACCGACGUUCCAGCUGAAAAUUCAACUUCAGCAUCAGCUUCGAUAUCUCUCGAGCAUAAAACGAAGCUAAAUAACAUAUCUGGAACACACACCGAAGGUGGAAGUGAUGCAAGCGGCGGUACCUUGAAGAGUGAAACUGUUGGCAAGAAAGCUUUUGCUUUGCAAGAUAAGUUAUGGUCAAUCUACGCAGCUGGAAACACAGUGCCGAUACCAUUCUUGAGAGCAACAGAUAUAUCCCCAAUUGCACUCUUGUCAGAGAACAUGAUCGGAGGCAUGCAACAAGACGGGAAUGGAACUGUAGCCGUUGAAGCACUUCAAGAGCUCUUCACUUCUGAUCCUCAAUCCAAAAAAGGCCGACGUGGACAAAACGAGAUGCCUCUUCCUCCAAGUGUAUACCAGAGACUGACGUCAAGCCCUCCUCUGAUGAACCUUGCACAAGUUUUAGCCUACCACAGAGCGUGUUACGAAGAAAUGCCGCUCCAGGAAAUGCAAGCAACGCAGGAGCAGCAAACCAUUCAGAAUCUUUGCGAUACUCUUCGCACAAUUCUCCGCCUCUAAGGCUCUGUUUGUGUUCAUAUUUGUUGCCUACUGUUUGUAUUAGGUCGUCUCAAUGAGUAAAUUCACUGAUCUUUUUUUUUUUACUUUCCGUUUAGCUAAUGCAAAACAAUCAAUUUUGUAUUCUCUUGGCAAAACUGCUAGAGAUUUCGAUGGAAAUGGAAAGCAUACUUUUGUGUAAU